AUGGCUGACACCAGCCUUGCAUCAACCACCGGUGCAAGUUUUACCCCUGAUGUGCGACGUAGGAACGUUCCGCACACGGAGGGACAAACCAAGACCUCUAACCUGGCUGAACCUGACGACGGGAAGAAAAAACCGCGGCGAAGUUCUUAUCUCUCUGCGCUCGCCGAUUGGGAACCUAUAAUCGCACCGAUACUUUUAACAGCCUUGUCAAUGUUUACUCGUAUGUACCGAAUCGGCCGCUCAAAUAUUGUUACUUGGGAUGAAGCACAUUUCGGAAAGUUUGGGUCACAUUAUUUGAAGCGCGAGUUCUACUUCGAUGUCCACCCACCGCUGGGGAAGAUGCUUGUAGGCCUGUCCGGCCUUCUUGCUGGUUAUAACGGAUCAUUCGAAUUCAAAUCCGGCGAAACAUACCCGGAAGACCUGAACUACACCUUCAUGCGCUUAUUCAACGCUGCCUUUGGUGUAGUAUGCGUGCCCCUCGCCUAUUUGACAGCACAAGAACUCGGCUUCCGUAGAGCCACAGUUUGGUUGGUGAGCUUGAUGGUACUGUUUGAGAACUCAUAUGCCACCAUAUCACGGUUCAUACUGCUCGACUCUAUGCUCCUUUGUUUUACUUUCACAACCACAUUUUGCUGGGCGAAAUUCCAUCGCUUACAGCGGGCUAGCUUCUCUCUUGAGUGGUUCACAUGGCUUUUCCUGACUGGUGUCAGUAUCGGCUGUGUUUGUAGCGUCAAAUGGGUUGGACUUUUCUGUACUGCUCUUGUCGGUAUUUACACUAUUGAAGAUCUAUGGAACAAGUUCGGUGAUUUGAAGAUGUCGGAGGUAACGCUAGCGAAACACUUUGUGGCACGCGUUGUGGGUUUGAUUCUAGUACCGGCCCUGGUUUAUAUCUUCUCUUUCUAUGUCCACUUCUUGAUCUUGGAGAACAGCGGUCCCGGCGAUGCGCAGAUGAGCUCUCUUUUCCAAGCAAACCUCAGAGGAACCCAGGUCGGCAAAGACAGCCCGCUCGAGAUCGCAUUCGGCUCAAGGGUUACCCUUAAAAAUAUGGGAUAUGGUGGCGGUCUCCUGCAUUCGCAUGUUCAGACGUACCCUGAGGGCUCCUCCCAGCAGCAGGUUACUUGCUAUCAUCACAAAGAUGCGAACAAUGAUUGGUUUAUAUACCCCAAUCGCAAGGAACCUCAUUAUGAUGCAGAGGCGCACCUCAAGUUUGUUGGUGAUGGCGAUGUCAUCCGUCUCAUUCACGGUCAAACGGGCCGUAACCUACAUUCACAUAAUAUUCCCGCUCCUGUAAGCAAGAGCCAUCAUGAGGUUUCUUGCUAUGGCAAUAUGACCAUCGGAGACGAUAAAGAUCACUGGAAAGUCGAAGUUAUCGACGAUGUGGCGUCGAGGGACAGAAGUAAAAUCAGGACUCUCACGACUGCAUUUCGCCUGCGACACCCUGUCCUAGGUUGCUAUCUACGGGCAGGGAAUACGAACCUUCCGCAGUGGGGCUUUAAACAGAUUGAAACAACUUGUGUGAAGGAAAAUAAGCCUCGUGACGUUUAUACACACUGGAAUAUUGAAACUCACACCAACGACCGACUCCCCCCUGGCGAUCCCGGGUCGUACAAGUCUCCAUUCUUUAAGGACUUUGUGCACUUAAAUGUUGCCAUGAUGACGUCGAACAAUGCUCUAGUACCUGACCCUGACAAGCAGGACGAUCUUGCCUCGAAAUUCUGGCAGUGGCCAAUACUCAAUGUCGGACUCCGAAUGUGUUCUUGGGAUGAGAAAGUGAUCAAAUACUAUCUCCUUGGUAACCCUGUUGUCUACUGGGGAAGUACCCUUAGCCUGGUUGUUUUUGGCCUGCUGAGUUUGUGGUAUCUUGUGCGGUGGCAGCGUGGCUACAAUGAGCUGAGCCAAUCAGAUAUCGACCACAUUCACUACGCUGGCCUGUACCCUGUUGUUGGUUGGGUACUGCACUAUCUGCCUUUUGUCGCCAUGGCGCGAGUAACUUAUGUUCAUCACUAUUACCCUGCGCUUUAUUACGCUAUCCUAACCUUUGGCUUUUGUGUUGAUUGGCUUACUCAGACCUUAAACACAAAGGCUCGCUGGGUGGUAUACGGAGUUCUCUAUAUCCUGGUGGCUGCGAUCUUUACUUACUUCCGGGUGAUCGUGUUUGGAAUAGAAGGCCCAAGUCAACAGUGGCGCCAUCUAAACUGGCUGAGUGGCUGGCGAAUUGCCAACUAG